AGCGUCCCAAGAGCAUUUAGCACUUUUCACGGAAGCACAGGAUAUCCUGAAUAGUUAGCACGCAUAUAGUACUGAAACAUGGCUGUGGCUGUGCUAUCGUGGUAUUUCUAAGUACAUAGGGACAGCGCUCGCGUCUUUUUCUCUUUACUUUUACUAUGACGAUGGGUAGAACUAAACAUAGGAAACCUAUAGUACCAUUGAAAUCAAAACUCAAAAAAGAUCCUGGAAUCCCUAAGCUCCCUGACAUCAAGCAGCGGAAUGAACUCCGACAACGCGCUCGACCUAGCAUCCCAACACACAGAUCAGAUCCCGACUGUGUCAUGGCCUCUGAGCCCACACUAUCUUCAUUAGCACAACUUGCCUCCAAUGCCGAAGACGCUUUCGAUUUUUCGCAAAACCAGGACCCAGGCUCAUCGACCGGCAAGACGAAAGAACAAAUACGAAAACAUUACCUGAGAACACUUCACAAAGUUAUCGAUCAAUCAGAUAUCAUUAUACUCGUACUGGAUGCGCGGGAUCCGGAAGGUUGUAGGAGUCGGUUGGUAGAGGAGGAGGUAAGAAGAAGGGAAAGUGAAGGGAAGAAGUUGGUUUUUGUAUUGAACAAGGUCGAUCUCAUCCCUCGCGCCAACGCUCAAGCAUGGCUCAAACACCUCCGACACAAUACGCCCACUUUACCGUUUUUAUCUCCUUCCUCAGCCCAACACCAAAGGACCAACAUAUCCUCUUCCACUGCACCUUCGCUUCUUAAAUUGCUCAAGGCAUAUAAGCCUAAAGCCGGAAGUGUCACAGUCGGUGUUGUGGGUUAUCCGAAUGUUGGAAAAAGUAGUUUGAUUAAUAGUCUGAAGAGAAACAAAGUGUGCGCUGUAGCUGCCCAACCGGGUCAUACCAAGGAACUCCAGUCAGUACAGCUUGAACGGGGAAUGCGUAUAGUCGAUUCACCCGGCGUCGUUUUCGACGAGGACGAUGAAGAUUUCAAGGGUCAGAAGAAGGGCAGCGUCCUAUUGCGGAACGUUGUCAAGGUUGAGGAUGUAGAUGACCCGAUUGCUGUUGUUGAAGAGAUCUUGAUUCGCACAGAAAAAGAAACAAUGCGCAAAAUCUACUCGCUGCCUGAUUACAACGCUACUCUGGAAUUUCUUACGAUGUUGGCGUUGAGUAGCGGGAGAUUAUUGAAGGGCGGGACCCCUGAUAUAACAUCCGCUGCUCGUCAAGUCAUCACCGACUGGAACCAUCAGAAGAUCCCAUACUGCUCUGUCCCUCCGACAAUCCACCCCUCAUCUAUACCCUCUACUAUCCCUUCAUCAAUGAUUUCCGCCGUUCCUAACUUUUCGACCGCGCCUGAUCUAUCUGGCUCUGCACCAGGACAAGCUGGACAAAUCAUCGCCCCGGGAGCAGAGAACGUCGGACAUGCACAGAUAUUGUCGUCCUUCUCAGAACCGUUUGAGCUGGAAGGACUUUUCGGCGCAGCUGAUGCUGGUGCGUUCGGUGGAGGUAGAUCUGGCCCGGAUGUGAAUAUGGAUGCGGAAGGGGAUGGAGAUGACAUGUUUUGGGAUGCAAAUGAGACUCUUGGCAAUGAGAAUGCGGAUGAUGGGAUGCAGGAAGGUGACGCGACGAUCUCUGCUUCAGAAUUUGCAUCAAGACGAACAUCUCUCGGCAAACACCUUCGUUCCCCCUCCCCUUCAAUAUCGGUCGGGCUAUCACAACCACACGAACCCUCCAAUGUACAACUACGUCAAGCAAAGCGCCAUCGAAAAUCUCAUCUCAUCCCCUCAUAUGAUGCUCCUCCAGAUGCACAUGUGUUGAGGGAGAUGGGGAAAAGCAACCCAAUGAACAGGCGAAUGAAUAGGAUCAUGGCAAAGAAGGAGAGGAAGAAAGAACGGAAGCUUUCCAGACAUGUGAUCGGAGAAGGUACUGCUGGUGGAAUGGAAGUCGACGACAGCGCCAAUUUGGGUUUGACCUUUAUGGCGUAACGCGUGCUAGCAUUUUAUGGUCCCGUUACGCAAUACGAAUAGUUUGAUAUAGUUUUUCGUAAAUGCAGAGAACAUCAGAUAUAGAAACUACUGAAAGAUGUAGAUUUUG